AUUGUUACUUACCUCUAAUUGCUGCACCACGCCGUAUAUGAAAGUCCCUUCUAUGUUCGCGUCCUAGGAAAUCUGACACGAGAUGAACCCCCAUAUCUCUGUACCCCGUCAACAUGGCAGCUCUCCCAACUUUGGCGGCUUACCCGCGAACCGCGGAUCAAGUACUAUACGGAUGCCGCGUUUCUUCAAGAGAAUGUUCAAGUUCCCGCAGAUGGACUUUGAAAUGGCCAUCUGGGAAAUGACGUCGCUCAUGAUCGCGCCGAAGAAGGUCUUCAAGUCAAUAUACUACCAUAAACAAACAAAGAACACAUGGCACCGACCCGACCCGUCGUUCGCUUACCUCCUUUCCUUCUUCCUGCUUCUCACAGCCCUCGCCUGGGGUCUCGCAUACGCCCCUUCAUUCGGAUCCAUUAUGCGCCUUUUCUUUCGAUUUGUCGUUGUGCACUUCAUAGGAUCGUCACUCCUUGUCUCAACAAUAGGUUACUUUGCCAUCGGCCGUCUUUUUGGCCCCAAUGGCGCCGCGGCGUCAAUAACAGGCCUACGCAUCCGCGGACGACGGCGCGGCGCAGCGCAGGGUCUUUUUACGCAACCCGGUGAGAAGGAUCAGUUAGAGUUCGGGUACUGUUUCGAUGUUUCUAAUCGCGCGUUCUUCCCCCUUUACCUUCACCUCUACGUCGUACAGUUUCUCCUCCUCCCGCUCCUCACCCGCAGCCCGAGUGAUUUCCUUACUACAUUUCUCGGCAACACACUUUAUCUGUCCGCAUUCACGUAUUACACGUACAUAACUUUUCUCGGGUAUAACGCGCUUCCCUUCUUGCAUAACACAGAGCUUCUUCUGCUUCCGAUUUUGUUGUUCGCGAUCUUGUGGCUCGUGAGCCUUAUUGUGGGCUGGGGCGUGGUAAUGCAGGGACACAGCGUGAAGGGGCUGUUCUGGGGUGUAUAAUCGAGGUGAUAUCACAUUGGUGUUUUAAUGCAUAUACAUGGUUUCGUUUCGUGUGCAAUUAUGGGCGUUAGCUGCAUUAAACGGUUCUGGUUGUCUAAGCUUUUUAUCUUGCGUCGUUUACUACAUUACUCCAGCAGGUUAUAGGUUU